AGACUUUCCUUCCAACCUAUAUUUAGCUUUAUACCUUUUCACAGUCUUCCUUUUCAGGAGGAAGAAUUUGAGAAUACUCGGAAAAAUCAUCAUCGAGCAUUGGAAAGCAUUCAAGCUUCACUGGAAAGCGAAUCACGAGGCCGAGCCGAGUUGUUGAGAAUGAAGAAGAAGCUGGAGAGUGAUAUAAAUAUACAAGUCGAGGAAGAACAGCGACUCAGAGAAGAGGCGCGCGAACAGAUUAUGGUUGCCGAACGACGUGCUCAAAUCGCCCAGCAGGAGAAAGACGAUUUAGCAGUAGCUUAUGAGCAGGCCGAACGAUCCCGCCGUCAGGCUGAGUUUGAGUGUGCAGACAACAAGGAAACAGCAGCCUCAUUGUCAAACACCAAUGCCGCUUUGAGUGCUCAAAAGAGGAAGCUGGAGGGUGAGAUUCAGCAACUUCACACUGAAAUGGAAGACGCUCUCAGUGAGCUGAAGAGCGCCGAUGAUCGCGCGCGAAAGAGCGCUGCUGAAGCAGUGCGCCUCACCGAACAGUUACAAGCUGAACAUGAACAAGUCCAAAAUCUCGAUAAAGCUCGGAAAGCUCUGGAAUCUCAAUUAAAGGAAAUGCAAGCACGUCUUGAUGAAGCCGAGGCGCAAUCGAUGAAGGGUGGAAAACGAGCUAUGGCCAAGUUGGAUGCAAAGUGUCGUGAGUUGGAGUCUGAAUUAGAGGCGGAAAGCCGUCGACAUACGGAAGCGGUGAAAAAUCUUCGAAACAAAGACAGACGGUGCAGAGAGCUCCAAUUCCAGGUCGAUGAGGAUAAGAAGUCACAGGAGCGCAUGUAUGAUCUCAUCGAAAAGUUACAACAGAAAAUCAAGACUUAUAAACGUCAAGUGGAGGACGCGUUCAGGAAGGAUUGGCAGGCACAAAAUUUGGCUAAGUAUCGCCAACUUCAACAUGCUCUUGAAGACGCCGAGGAACGUGCCGAUGCGGCUGAAAACGCGUUAGCUAAAAUGAGACUGAAGAAUCGUAGCGGAUCGUAUAGGGCGCUUUCACAUUCGAUGUCGAGCACAGGUGUGAACACGCGGAGCAGCUCUCGAGGUCGCAUGCUGGAUGACGGUAUCGAGGAGUAA